AUGGAAUUCACAUUGCUUUGUAAUCUCGGAGGUCCGUGCAAUGCCGGGAUUUCUUUACGCCUCUGUUUACUGCAUGUGUGGCCGUCGAAGUCUCCGGGAGACAACAGGAUCUACAACUACUGUACUCUAUGGACCGACGAAACGGGUAUGCUGAUUCAAUGGUUGUUGAGAUUCGUCGUAAUCUCUCGUUUCCCGGUUGAUGCUUACGAGUUUGUGGUUUUCUCCCAGUUGGGUAUUCGUGCCGAUAAUCAUCGUUACUUGACAGAUGUUGUUGGCCGGCUCCCUUCGAUCAGUGGGAUAUCGCACAAGAUCACAAAUAACGGCACGGCUGUCAAGCAAACGGUUAUUAUUGAGGAUGAAAGUGGAUCGAAGGUCACGAUUACCCUCUGGGAUGAGUUUUCGGCGGUGUUGGAUCAUGUUGCUCUCACUCAGGCUGACUCGAUUGAAGCUGUGAUAUUGGCAUUUGGCGGCUUGCUGGUUAAUAAGUUGGGGGAUGAUUAUGUCCUGUCGAGUUCGUCUGCUACUCGCAUAGCAGUCAACCCUCCAGUACCUAAGGCUUAUUAUCUUGCAUCCAGGUUUGCUGAGAAACAUGAGACUGUUGCAUCCUUGCCAGUUGAGUUUGCUACUGCUGCUGAUGCAACAGCUGAUGCUGAUCGUCGUACCAAGACUUUGGGCAGUUGUUGGCCUUAUCUAGGACGAAUUCCUCGCUGGAAGAAAAGUAUCAUUGUGGUUAUCCCUCUUGAUGAUCCUACGGUGGUGGGUGAUUUGCUUGAGUUUUCUUCGCCGCGUCCGUCGCCUCCUCCUUCUCUGGGUGCAGUAAGAAGCGUGGGAGGCCCAUCAGGUUCACCGAGAUUUCCCAGCCCUGCGACCAGGAUUUUGCGGGAUCCUAUUCCUGCCAGUGUCGGGAGUGAGGAUAUUGAUGCUGGGUCGCGGAUUCUCAGAGAUUCUCAGCUUUCAGUGAUGGGUGUACAGGUGGGGUCCAUCCUGCCUACUGCGACUGUGAUCGCGUCUUCUGCAGUCCAGUCCAGUGCUCCAUCUGUCCCACCUGCUACUUCGAUGGUCCCCAAACGAUCGGCCAGGAUUGAUGAGUCAAUGAGUCCUCAAGAUGUUGGUCGUGAUUCAUCUAUGCCUGCUUCGAAGAUCCUGAAGCCAUCCCACGAAUCAUCUCCUGGGAAGCCCUUAGGUUCAAUCGCCGCCUCGCCUUCGGCAUCGUUGUUGGUCUCUCCACUCGCCAGGAUAAAAGUGGAGAAAUUGGAUGCUGCCGAUGUUGCUCAAGUCCCACUUGGUGGUCCCUCGCAGGCAGGUGUUAGUAUGGAAAGGGAUUCUUCAGUGGAUAGUCAGAAGAAUUCGGCGGCAAAGCGUGCUUUGUUUAAGAAGUGA